AUGGACAAUUUCAGGCCAUUUCUCAAGCACACUAUUAAAGGCGGGCCAUAUAAUUAUGACGGGUCUCCCUACACUACCAGCAGUUCCAGAAGACCUGAAGAGUUACCCCUCCUUGACUAUAGAGAACUGGGCGCCUUUCUUCCAAACAGAUGGGAUGAUGAAGAUGACGCUUACUUCGCCAAUCAACUUUUCAAGCUUCUGAUUUUGCAAAACGAGAUGGAUCCAAUCAUCAAAAUUUGCAAACAUCCUGAAGCAGACCUGUUUGAGAUGUGGGAAUGUCAACGUGGUCAAUACAUCAACAGCCUCGAGUUCGAGGCUGGUUGGCACUGGGUCCCGCUGCUCGCUCUUCAAGCGUACAUCAUCCUCAACCUUCUGAGCUGUGGGACCCGAAGACUGGGAAAGGAAAGCGUUCGGAUUACCGAAAUACGGGUUGCUACCAGAAUACACUCCAGACUUGCACGAACUACGAGGCUCAAACACAUAUUGCUGGGCUUCCGCAUCGACGCUUUUUUGGAAUACCAGACUAUUAUGAACCCGAACGGGGGUGGUAUCGUUCACAUCAAGAAUGUCCGGAGGAAACACACAAAUUCCGGGUACGCUAGGGCGGCACAGGCGAAUUGGAAGACAGAAGUCGGUGCUUUCGAGGCAGCCAACCCUGCGGUAAGAUAUACAUUCGAGAUUUCUGGACGCGCAAGGCAUUACUUGGAGCUGCGUACGGAAUUGGCCGAUUAUAUCAUGGAAAUUGCUGAGUACCAGGUACCUUUCGGCCAUCGACUAAAAAUUCCUCAUGAUCCUCUACAUCCGAGGAAUAGAGAAGAACUGAAAAAGUAUCUUAGAUACUGCUGGGGCAUCGUCAUUCGAUGCGAAGUGAUUGCCAGACUACAGAAUCAGGUAAUUCCCUGGCAGCACAUGAUCUACGAGGUUCUUCGCUGCAGUCUAAACUCAAAGGGUUCUUUCAGGGACGCGUCUCGUUGGAAAUAUAUUCGAAAUGAAAUCGGCCAUUACUUCGAGGGAAGCGAGGAUAAGUGGGCUAAAACCCUGUUUAAAGAUGAGUAG